AUGGGGGUACGUCUACCAAUGUACAUAGCAAUUAAUAACGCGUUAUCCGCUGUAUCAUAUUCUGCUAAUGUUAUUGGUACGCUGGUAAUUGGUAUUCCCUGGGCUGGUAAGGCUUGUAAAAUUUAUGGGUUUUUUGACACAUUCGUUAUUUCAAUGAGAAUAUAUUUAAUAACAAUAAUUACUGCAUUGAUAACUUCUUGUAUUGGUUUACCCUCUUAUGGACCAUCAAAAUAUUGGUGUUGGACUUCGCCUGGUGAAUGGUCACUAGCAAUAUUACUAUCAUUGCUAAUCUCAUUUACAGCAAUAUUAUGCCUAUUUUGUUAUUCAAGAAUAAUUUACAUGAUAUUCACAAUCAAACGACCAGAUAGUAGUGUCAAUGGAGGAAGAAGGGGAAUCAACAACGAGCAACAAAAGACAGCAACAUGUAAAAUCCUAAUUUACACUUUCAAUUAUUUGAUCCAAUGGACGCCAACUUUACCAUUUAUACUUGGGGUUGCAAAUAGCGAUGAUCCGAUUUGGGUUUAUUAUUUAUAUGUCUUGUCAACUAAUAUUGGCAGUGUAUCAAAUGCUAUUCAAUAUAUUUUUAAUGAGAAAUAUUAUAUUAUAGCUGUUGGUGAUAGUAGUGAUAGAGGAUGUGAUAUAGCCGAUGUAGGCGGUGAUGAUGAGAUGAAUAGUGCUAAUAGCGGAAAUAAUGUUAAUAGUGGCAAUAAUAAUAUUGAAAAUGGCAAAAGUGUAGUAGAUGAAAGUGUAGGUGGUAGGGAAGUUACUUUAGAGAAAUAUCCCGUCAAAUAA